AGCAUUUUCAGCUGCAUUUUUUUUUGUAUGAAAGCUGCUGUACAAAUAAAGUUAUUUGGAGCCAUCAUCAAAGCACUCCUGAGGGAGAAGAAGAGGGCACUGAGGUCCGGGGACAUGGAGGAGCCCUGCAGUCAGAUAGUAGAUGAACGAGCUGAACUGUUCCUUCAGUAGAUUCGAUAUGCACCCGGCGACGAGGACACCUCCGACCCUCCGAACAUCUCUGCUGACCAGGUGAGGAGGUGCCGAGUAGACUCCAGAGCCUGUUAACCCCUCGGCUGUGUGUCAGACUCCGGCACCUCUUUAACCUCAGCUUACGCCUGGAGAAGCGACUACAGGCCGGUAGCAUUAACCUCACACAUAUCAUGAAGGCUUCUGAAAGACCGGUCCUGGAUUCCCUCCGGCCACUGGUCAAGCCUCUAGUUCACCCACCAACCGGAUGUCAGAAUGGACGACGCCAUUAUAUCACUGCUAUGACAGAGUUUCAACGAAGCUGCAUACACACUACAACGCCAAGCCGGCAUUUCACAUUUACUCUGGAGGACGUUGUAGAAAAGCUUUUGGGGGAGAAAAAGGCUGUUUUAGUCUGAACGGAGGCCAAAACAAAGAGAAAAAGACACGAUUGCCUAUUGAGGACGUGGUCUCUCGCUGCCACAAACACCUCUGACCCAGAAUUUCCAUCGGCUGCCUUGAACCUGUUGAUACUUUAGCUAAAAGUUAAAUAUUAAUGAAACUGAACAUCAGAUGAUGAGUCACUUUUCAUCAGCCACAGAUGACCUGAGCAGCUCUGGGAAAACAACCUGUGUAGGCGUCGCAUUGAGGAACCUCCUUGUCUGAACCAGGACACCCAGGAGACUGUGUUAUAUAACCAUCCUGUUUCCAGGGCCAGCACCCAACCCUCACCUCAACUCAGCAGGUAAAGCCUCUUGGCUUGGCCUCUGGCAGCACAGCCCUGCGGCAGGUCGACCUGAUCUCAUUAGGGAGUUAUUUUAGGUGCAUCCUUGAUUCUUCCUUCAGGACCUAAGAGGGUUAGAGAGUCCUGAGGUUUGCUCUCUGCCUGCAGAGUCACUGCAGCCUGGAUGUCGGCCGGCUCGACCCUCCUGCUGAAGCCUGCUGGCUUUCAUGCAACGGAUUUCUAAAAUUAAUCAUUUUUCUUCAAUUGGACCCCAAAAAGGUUCCAAGAAAAGGAUUGUAAAACCUUUACGAAGCUCCUGCUGUAAACUUGUUCUCAUUUUUCUUCUUCUGUCGCCAUAAAGGAUCCAAGAAAAGGACUGUAAAACGCUUUAUAAAGCUCCUUCUGUCACAUUUUUGUCAUUUUUCUUCUUCUGUCACCUUGAAGGGUCCCAAAUAAGGACAGUAAUCUCCUUUGUCAAGCUCUUACUGAAGACUUUUUGUAAUUUUUGUUCCUCUGUCCCCAUUAAGGGUUCCGGAAAAGGACUCUAAACCUCCUCGUCAAGCUCCUGUUGGCACCGUAUUUCAUCUUCUGCUGUAGUGAAGGAUCCGAUAAAAGGACUCUACACCCCUUUACGAAGCUCCUGCUGCAAGCUUUGUCAUUUUUCUUCCCUUGACCCCAUAAAGGGUCAGAGAUCAGGACUGUAAACUCCUUUAUUAGGCUCCUGCUUUCACAUUUUUGUUGUUUUUCUUCUUCUGUUCCCUUAAAGGGGUCCAGAAACAGGACCUCUGUCGUCUUCUUCUACUUUCAUUCAUUGAGGAUCAAGAGGCCUGCAUCGCUUGUCAGUCUUUUGCCGCUUUCGUCUCUUCUUCCUCUCAGUCUUCCUCAUCUCCUCCUUCAUCUUCUCGAGGUCUUGUUGUCAUUUAACUGAGUGGAACCGCUCCGAUGGGGAACCACGGCUCGAACCUGGACGACAUCCUGGCGGAGGACAUGCAUCACUGGUACAACAAGUUCAUGCGAGAGUCUCCGUCGGGCCUCAUCACGCUGUUCGAGCUGAAGGCCAUCCUGGGCCUGAAGGGCAUGAGCGAGGACGCCAACAGCUACGUGGAUCAGGUGUUCUUCACCUUCGACAUGGACGGGGACGGUUACAUCGACUUUGUGGAAUACAUCGCAGCCAUCAGUCUGAUGCUGAAAGGAGAAAUCAACCAGAAACUAAAGUGGUACUUUAAACUGUUUGACCAGGACGGAAACGGAAAGAUCGACAAGGAGGAACUGGAGACCAUCUUCUCGGCCAUCCAGGACAUCACACGGAACAGAGACAUCGAUCCCGAGGAGAUCGUCUCGCUCAUAUUUGAGAGGAUCGAUAUAAAGAAAGAAGGUGAAAUGACCCUGGAGGAGUUCAUCGAGGGUGCCAAAGGCCAUGAUGACAUCAUGGAAAUGCUGAAGAGUAUAAUGGACCUGACGCCGGUGUUAAUCAUCAUCGUAGAGGGAAGAGCAAACUGAGAGCCGACGCAGCGGGGACGACAAAGACUG